CUACCAUUCAUCCUUGCUGGGCCCCUCCCCCCCUUCUUCUUCCCUUCAUCUGUUCCGUCCUACUUUGUUCCAUCGAUCGAAGCUGCGCUUCCUUCCUUAGAGCAUCCCCACUUUCGUUAUCUUUACUCGUACUGCUGAUCUCCUGGCGAGAUUUUCUUUAGUGCCUCAUUCACUACAUCUCCUCCUUUUCUUCCUCGACGGAAUCUGGCAAUGCCAUGGCAAAUCUCUCAGGCUCGCAAAGAUGCCACAACCAACAGGCGCAAUGGUCGGUCGAGUGCAAUGGCAUCUCGUCGUAUGCCCAAGAGACUGUUGCCUCAACAUCACAGACGACUGCUCAGCGCCAGCUUCGAUCGACACGGUCGCCGGACUUUUCCCCUCGUAGAGCAGGCUCUCACCGAGGGGCAAGACUCCAGCAAUCAUUUUCAUCCUCAUCAUCUUCAUCCUCGUCAGCUUCGACAAGCACUCACUCAGAGGGCAAGACGAAUCCGAGACGGCCCCGUCUUGGCCGCGCCCUCGGACUUCUUUGUGCUGCUUCGAGCCUGGCUGCAGGCUUCUCGCCCAUCCACGAGGUCUCAGCCAGAUCGCAGUCGAUGCGAAGACACGCUGCAGCAGACUUUGAGGAGACCCGCUUCCCAGCAGGCUUUGCUCGUCAGAGCCAUGAACAGCAGAGUCGUCAGUUGGAGCAGCGCGAGGUCACUAGAGUGAAGAAGGUCAUAUUUGAGGCCAGCGGCAGUGAUGUUGCCGCGCUGCGGACUAGCCACAACUCUUCAGCUUCGGUCUCAUCGCACUUGAGUGGGAGGUGGGGUCACUCAUCGACGUACCUGGAGAAUGAGAAGACGAUCCUCUUCGUCGGUGGACAAGUUGCCGAUGGUUCCUCUCUUGAGUACACCAACGACGUCUUUGCUCUCAACGUGUCUUCCCUCGUGACCAACUCGACUUCUGGUCCCCAGAACUCAUGGAGCCAGCUUUCUAGCCACGGCCUGGAGCCUCAUGCGUUCGCGGGACAAGCUGUGACGCAGACUAAGAAGGGGGCAGAUCAGAUCUGGCUCUUUGGUGGGUACACCAACAACUGUUCAGCUUCGGCAGCUUGGACUUGGACCGCUAGCGAGGGCAUGAACAAGUCAUGGUCUGCUGUCGGGCCUACUGAAGGGUUGACAAGAAAGGCAAGGGCCCCGACAAUGGGCGUUCCUGCUGGGACAGGUCUUGCACAUGGUCAAAAUGCGACUGGGACAGCAGUCAUGAUGCUCGGCGGGCUGGAUGUCACAUAUGAUUGCUCUUCUCAAGGCAAUGCCACUGCCAACGACGACGGAGCCGUGGUGUGGCAGCUCGGUCAUUCCAACCUUACUUCUGUCCGCGAGAUGGCCGUCAAGGAUGGUAACGGCACGUUCUCCCUAAUCGACUACUCCACUGUGGUUGUCCCUGCCAAGGGCCUCGGCAACUCCACCAUCUUCUUUGGAGGUAUGACGAGCCACGAUGUCUUUGCCAACUGGACUACGCUGUGGUCCUUCAACCCCUGGACGUCCACAUGGGAGACGAUCGCCACCACGGGUGAGAUUCCAGCUGGCCGACGGGGUCACACAUCCACCCUCAUUGGCAAGGACCGAGUAGUCGUCGCUGGAGGAGUGCUUGCAAACGGCACUCUGACGGAUGAAGUCUUCAUCCUGACUUUCAACGACACAACAGCCGUGUGGUCUACCCCCACAUACGCCAAGGACCAGACGGUCGCUGCUCCUGCCAAGGCCUACCACAGCGCACUCUUGGUCGAAGAUGUGCUCGUCGUUGGCUUCGGUGCAGCACGCAACUCGACUACUUCCUCGAGCGCCUCGUCAAAGGAGCGAAGAGGCACUAAGACGAGCACCAGCACGACUGCUGCUGCUCCUGUCCUCUACCUCGACACCUCAAAUGACAAGGCCUGGAGAUGGUCUGACAGUAUCGAAGGCGUCCUCGAAGCGCGAGGGGUCGUACGAGCUGUGACUUCCACUACCAGCACCCACUCCUCCACUUCAACGUCUUCCACUUCCAGCUCUUCAUCGAGGACCUCCACCCGUACCAGCUCAUCCACCCGCACUACCUCAUCUACGCGCACCAGGUCGUCAACCUCUGCUGCCUCUACAUCCACUCCUUCCACCACCACCUCCUCUGCUAGGCCUACUACUACCAAUGCUGCUAGCAGCACCUCGUACUCGGCUGCCCCUGCAGUGUCUACUUCUGCAGACGAUGGCGCUGGCUCGAGUAGUAGCUCUUCAGUAGAAGAGGACCCCACUACCACUGCGGCUGCUGCCCAGGCUACUCACUACUCGGCGUCGUCUUCCACCAGGAGCAGCGCCUCUGCUUCGGCCACUUCAGACGGCAGUGGCAGCGCCACCAUCACCACGGCUGCGAAGACUGGCGCCGUAGUUGGAUCCCUGCUGGGAGCUGCUGCCUUUGCAGUCGUCUUGGGCGGUCUAUACGCCUACAAGAAGCGCAAGGAUUCCUACAAGGAGUGGGCAGCUAUGGGACGAGAUGCAGAGAGGCGCGGAGGAGGCGGUAAUGAGGGCGGUGGUGCGGGAGAUGCUCCUCCAGUCUCGAUGCUCUGGUUCCACGGAGGCAGGAACGCUACAAGGGAGGACGAAGGCUCUUUUACUCAGCAGCCUGUCAACCGUGGUGGAAGACCAAGGCUCUCGGACUCGAGGUCACCCGACCCAUUGCUAACGGAUCCUUUCGCUGCAGCCAACGACUCUUAUGUCGCUCGUCCUGCCACGGCAGUCUACGCGUCUGCCUCCCACGAUGGCUACUUGAGCUACGACCCCUACCGAGCUCCCCUCUCCCCUUUCUCACUUGACGUCGCCACGCCUGCUCAACGUCAGCCUCUGGACCGGAAUCAGUCGAGCGAAUCCCUGGCUAGCAGCAUCGGCGGUGCAUCCCACUGCUCCUACCCCUACCUCAGCGCCAUGCAUCGUCCCUCUCUGGGUGCCUCUCAAGCCUCGCCCAACCCAAGCUCAGCAACCGUCACUCCCGCCCUCUCUAGCGUCUCGCCGCGAGCAGUCAUGGCUGAACGCUGCGCUGGUGGUUUCCUCACCAGUCCCACUGCACAACACCCUCACCGCUUCUCGGCACGAGACAUGGUGAGCGGGUGGGACCCGCGCGCUUUGCAGGAACUCAAGAGUGCUCGGGGUGCUGGAGUAGACGAUUCAUUCGAUGAGGUCACCCUCGAUGUUGAGGAGGUGGAGGAUGCAGAUGCAGAUGGAAGUAUCGUCUUCAAAGGAGACCAGGACGAAGAGCACGAACACGAGCACGAGCUUCAGGAGAGAGACGAGCGCAUUGCCGAGCUAGGUGAGAGGAAGACGCACAUCGAUCUCCGUCAUCCUCACCUCCAAGCACUCGUUACUCGCAAUAAUGGUCAAAGAUCCUACUCGCUACCUCAUCAGGCGAUGCCAUUGACAAAGACAAUGUCUACUUCGAGUGUGCCGGGAGCACCUAGAACUGCCAGGGUUACGAGUGGGAGGGCAAAGAGGACGAUGCUGAGAGUGACGAACGCUUCGCUGGAUGCGGAGUACUAGAGGGAGGCAGUCAGUCACCAACGUCGAACUUGAUCUGGAGUGUAUAUAAUAUUGCUGGUGUUGCACCUGAGUCAUCCAUGCCUAUGCCUAUGCUAAUGUCGUUGUAUCUACAUGCCGCUAGACCGGACAUUACCUUUUUCCAACCCAAUCUUCAUCUUCUUUCCAUCCCCUC